CACCAUCCACUCCUCUCUUCCUCUCACCAUCUCCUCUUCCUCCUUCUCCAUACAUCCCCUUCACUUCAUUAAUCUCUCCCCUUCCUGUUUCCUUCCUUCCUUGUCCUUUUAUUCCCCGUCUUUAUCACCGUUACUGUCUCCUUUUUCACUUUUUGGUUCUUUGGUCAGACAUACACAUAAUUCUUCUUCUUCUUCCUCUUCCUCCUCCUCCUCUUCUUUCUGUACCCUUUCACCUUGUUAUUUCUAUAUUUUCCUCCUAUUCUCUAGUUUCUCUUUAAAAUAGUUCUUCUUUCUUCCCUUUCUCUCAUUUUCUUCUCUCUUCUCUUUCUUUUCUUCUGUUUUGUAUAUUCUGUUUUGCCUGUUCUCAUUUUUUUUUCGUCUCUUGUCUUCCUGUUUCUCCUCGUCCUCCUCCUCCUGUUCCUUUUCUUCUUUUUCUUCUUGUUCUAGUUCUUUUCUCCUUCUUGUUCUUGUGCUUCUAAUUAUUGUCGUCAUUGUUAUUUUUGUUGUUGUUGUUGUUGUUGCUGUUGUUGUACUCUUUUUUCUUGUUCUUGUUGUUUUUCUAUGACUUUUCUUCUUCAUCUUCUUCUUCCUCCUACUGAACCCAGUCACCCCUUCUUCUCCUCCUUCUCCUUCUCCUUCUCCUCCUCCUCCUCCUCCUUCUUCUUCUCCACUUGCACCCAGUUAACCCUACCUCACAUCACCCCAAUCUCGAGUCUCGCCCUUAUCUUGCCUUCCCCCGCCUCUCAGAGCACUAAGCCUCUCGUUUCCCUUGCAGCGGACUCCAGUUUCCUCUUGGCCAACGCUCAGAUCGUGGACUACCCCAUCGUGUACUGUAACGAGUCUUUCUGCAAAAUUGCUGGUUACAACAGAGCGGAGGUGAUGCAGAAGUCAUGCCGCUGCAGCUUCAUGUACGGGGAGCUGACAGACAAGGAGACGAUAUCCCGGAUAGAGCAGUGUCUUGAAAACCAGCAGCAAGACCAGUUUGAGAUUCUCCUCUACAAGAAGAACCAUUCUAAGAUGUUUUUUGGCCCAACCAAGAGUAAAACCACGGGGACUCCAUUAUGGCUCCUCCUGCACAUUGCGCCCAUCAAGAACGAGAAGGACAUUGUGGUGCUGUUCCUGUGCACUUUCAGGGACAUCACGCCACUGAAACAACCAAUCGAGGCCGAAGACUCCAGAGCAUCGGACAGCACCGAGAGCUCUGGGGGAAGGCUGCCCACCAAAACGGGCCUCAGCAAGUUCGCCAAACUGGCCCGCUCAGUCACCAGAAGCAGGUCGGUGCUGGUGACUCAGUUCUCCUCACACCUGCCGGUCAUGAAGGAUGUGGCCAAGCAAUCCAACAUCACACACAUGAUGAGCCUAAACAGCGAUGUUAUGCCUCAGUAUCGUCAGGAAGCCCCGAAGACUCCGCCGCACAUCCUGCUUCACUACUGUGCCUUCAAGGCUAUCUGGGACUGGGUCAUCCUCUUCCUCACCUUCUACACGGCCAUCAUGGUGCCCUACAACGUGGCCUUCAAGUACAAGACCUCAGAGGACGUGUCUCUCCUGGUGGUGGACUCAAUCGUUGACGUGAUAUUCUUUAUAGACAUCGUGCUCAACUUCCACACCACCUUUGUAGGGCCUGGAGGCGAGGUGGUGUCUGAUCCUAAGAUAAUACGAAUGAACUAUCUCAAAUCGUGGUUUCUGAUAGACCUCUUGUCGUGCCUACCUUAUGAUGUAUUCAACGCUUUUGACCACGAUGAAGAUGUAAGUAAGUGUGGCAUUCAAGGAGAAGUGAAUGAUAAAGGCAUCGGAUCUCUCUUCUCUGCUCUGAAAGUAGUGAGGCUGCUGCGAUUAGGACGCGUGGUACGAAAACUUGAUCGGUACCUGGAAUACGGUGCUGCAAUGCUGGUGUUGUUGCUGUGCUUUUAUAUGCUGGUGGCUCACUGGCUGGCGUGCAUCUGGUACAGCAUAGGUAAAAGUGACGCAGACAACGGUAUACAAUACUCCUGGUUGUGGAAACUGGCUAACGUCACGCAAACCCCUUACAAGUACAUCAUCUCCAACGGGUCAAACAUGCUGGAGCUGACGGACGGCCCCAGCAAGAAGACCAUGUACGUGACCUCUCUCUACUUCACCAUGACCUGCAUGACCUCGGUGGGCUUCGGCAACGUGGCAGCAGAGACGGACAAUGAGAAGAUUUUUACGAUUUGCAUGAUGAUUAUUGCAGCACUUCUCUACGCCACGAUCUUCGGCCACGUGACCACCAUCAUACAGCAGAUGACGUCAGCCACAGCCAAGUACCACGAGAUGCUGAACAACGUGCGGGAGUUCAUGAAGCUCCACGAGGUUCCCAAGGCGUUGUCCGAGCGGGUGAUGGACUACGUGGUGUCGACCUGGGCCAUGACCAAAGGCAUCGACACCAACAAGGUAGAAAAUGAGGUGCUGAACUACUGCCCCAAAGACAUGAAGGCCGACAUCUGCGUCCACCUCAACCGCAAAGUCUUCAACGAGCACCCCGCCUUCCGCCUCGCCUCGGACGGCUGCCUGCGCGCCCUCGCCAUGCACUUCACCAUGAGUCACUCGGCGCCAGGGGACCUACUGUUCCACACGGGGGAGUCCCUGGACACCCUGUGCUUCAUCGUGACGGGAUCCCUGGAGGUGAUUCAGGACGAUGAGGUGGUGGCGAUCCUGGGCAAGUGUGACGUGUUCGGCGACACCUUCUGGAAGGACCCCACGGUGGGCCAAAGCGCCGCCAAUGUGCGCGCGCUCACCUACUGCGACCUGCACGCCAUCAAGCGGGAGAAGCUGCUGGAGGUACUCGACUUCUACCACGCCUUCGCCAACUCCUUCGCCAGGAACCUCGUGCUCACCUACAACCUCAGGCACAGACUGAUCUUCCGUAAGGUGAGCGACGUGCGGCGGGAGAAGGAGCUGGCGGAGCGGCGCAAGCACGAGCCGCAGCAAGAACUGAGUCACGACCACCUCGUCAGGAAGAUCUUCUCCAGUGCCAACGAGAAAAACUGGAGAUUUCGACGUGACAAAGGCGGCGGCUCAGGCACCCCAAACAGCGCCUCCUCUGACGUGGUGGGCGGGAACGGGCGCGAUGUGGAGAGAGGGUCAGGAGAGAGGUCUGAUACUGAUGUGGUGGGAACAACUGAUGCUUUGAAGGUGGUGAAGAUGCCUCCAGCUCGAAUGAACAACAUCUGUGAGACAAAUGGACCGAGAAAAUGGAAAAACAUCUUUGGUCGCAACGAAGGCGGCGGCGGCGGAGAGGACGAAGGCUCUACCACUGAUGACUGUAACAAAAAGAAUCUCAUGCAAGACGGUGUUCUGAGAGGACUCAGCACCAAACACAACACCAAUCUAUCCAAGACCCUGGGCGUCACCCCCAAGCGGGCCAACACCUCCUCCUCCUCCACCACCACCCCCAGCACAGGCACCGCUCACAACAACAACCACAACAACAACAACAACAACAACAGUUCCAAGACCGUAGUUAAAAAGGACACGCUUGGCCUGGAGGGCAGCACCAAAUUCAAGCUGAACAAGCUGGACUCGCUUGACUCAGGAGUGGGGCGUGACCACAAAAACAAGCUGCAGGACAACGACUCAGGCAACGUCACGGACUACCUGGCGCCCGUCACGCCCGGGGUCACGCCCGCUGACUGCCAGCAGAUCAUCGCAAGUCUCAUGGACUUCAAGGUGGACCUCAAGCUGGAGAUGCAGCGCAUGAACCAGAAGCUGACCAAGCUGGAAGACAACAUGAACGACGUGAUGGCGCGCAUGAACACCGUGCAGCGCUCAGCCUCGCAGCCUGUCAGCGUGCGGCCCCCGGGCGACGACCACGCGGGGCGGGUGGCGGCGCGGCGGGAGCGGGAACGGGAGAGGGAGCGUGAGCGUGAGCGUGAUCGGACCACCACCGUCACCGCCGCGGACGGGUCAGGGGACGCGGGCGAGGACGCCAAGCAGAGCAUGCCCAAGGUAACGGCCAGCGAGGAGCCGCGCAAACCCAAGCGGCGCGACAAGAGCCGCACGAAGAGCGCUGCCGCCACGCCGCGCAGCUCCCCCACGGACUCCAACUCCCCCACGGACUCCAUGGUGCGCGGCAUGCUGGAGGACGAGAUUCUGGAGCAGGCGUCCUCGCCACGCGGUGAGCAUCCCCCGCCCCCCACCAAGUCCCGCUCGCGGGAGUACCUCUGAGACGCCAGUACAAGCCCGCACGGGCCCCGGGCCUGCACGGGUACGGCAGCACAAGUGACCCGCCACGGCCGGCCUCGCCCGCCGCGCCACCGCGCACGAUGACGCAACACCUUUUUGCUACCAGAUAAUACUCCUGACUGAUUUUGCUGUUGCUAAGUAUUUUACAGAUGAAGAGAGUUAGGCGGGGACCAAGGUGGGAGCUGCAGCACGGCGGCCGCCCCUGGGCCCCGCCUACCGCUGCCUCCCGCCCCCCAGGCCACCCGCUCACCCCGGGGCGCCCUGGGGCUGCCUGGGGCUUCCUGGGGCUGCCUCGCCAAGCCGCUAACCUCGCUCAGGAGCAGCGACGCGCGCCCUCGUGUUCAGGACGAGACUCUGCCCCGCAGCGGCCCGCGCAGGACACGUCCCUCAGUACGCGCAACGAGGACACAAGGACCCGACGAGCAGGACGGGCGGCGACGUGGACCAAGGCAGAUGGUGGCGGGGCCCGGCCGGCUCCCCGGCAAUACUCCCCUCGCCCUUCCCCCGGCCCGGCCAGGCGGAAGGGAGCGGAAACAGUCUCAGCAUUUACACAUAAGUACCGUCCCGUUUGUUUUGUACAUAACAAAACAGUGUUUCGUCAAGGAACUCAAGAGCGGCGUCGCUCGGCCGAGGUGUGUUGAGUUUCGUCGCAAACUAAUGUAUAUUAUUUGACUUUUGUGCUACAGUGGAAGUUUUCAAUAUUUAUAUUUCUUGUGCUGAUUGUUACUGUUCCAACUGAUCUGUGAUAACACGUCUGUGUAGAUACAAGAGCGUGACGCGGUGUGGCGCCAACCCCCCCCUCCCCCUCACCCCCUCACUCCCAACGUUACGCCCCUCCUCCUCCCCCCAUCCCCUGCUCCCCCCCUCCUCUCUCACCUCUUCUCGGCUUCACUAUAAUCAACUAUAGCAGCCGCCUCAGCAGUGACCCCGUGACCUCCAGCGACCUGCGCCUCCUGGCCUGACCUCACCUCACCCCCUCGCCGUGUGACCUUGUGUGAACGGAGGCGAGCUUGACCCCUGACCCAUUACCCCUCUUUCACUGUCCUUCCCUCAUCUCUCGUCACAACACACUGCAUCCUCUACCUCUUCCUCCUCCUCCUCCUCCUCCUCCUCCUCCUCCUCCUCCUUUGGCCACAGCAGGAUAAUACUCGUAACCCUCGAAGCUUCCGUGAGCCUUCCUUCGUAUCCUCGUCUUCGUCCUCCUCUCGUCCUCGUCCUCGUCCUCGUCCCCACAACUGCUGCUUCUUACGACACGCAAAUCUUACGAUGUUCUCGCGUCGUUUCGUGUUUCAAUACUAGACUUCCUGCGUAUAUAUGAGUGUUCCGCAUCUCCGUGACGUGUGUGGGUGAGUGAGUGUGAGUGAGCACGCGAGUGGGUGAGUAAGUGUGGGUUUUAGGGUAUACAGCGAUGAAAUGUAGCGAGUGAGUGAAGAGAGUGGGUUAAUGAGUUGAAAUGGUGAGCUAUGAGAGUGUAUAGUGAGUGAGUACGUGAGUGGGUGAGUAAGUGUGGGUUUUAGGGUAUACAGCGAUGAAAUGUAGUGAGUGAGUGAAGAGUUAGUGAGCUGAAAUGGUGAGUUAUGAAAGAAUAGUGAGUGAGUAAGGAAAUUUACGAGUGAGAGAGGGUUAUUCAAGCGCAUUUCAAAGGUGACGGAGUUGAAGACGAGGAAACCCAUGAGAAACUUAGCACCCCAAAUGGCCGCACGUCCCUGACCCCCCACACACACCUGUACACACCUGUCUCACCUGUCCACCUUCCUUACCUGAACUGUCCUAUCGUAACCAUCCGCUUUGCUCUCCACACACUCCACAACCUGAACAUUCCUCUUGUAUACCAAACAUUCCACGAGUCACGAGUGUUUAGCGUGUUAUUCCACCACUCCACUCCUGCUUCCCGCUCACACUCCACACACAGACACACACAUACACAUACACGCAUACACACACACACACACACUUCUUGACUGUUUCACCGUCCAGCACUGUUCUCUUCACCAGAUGGCUGUUACCCCCUCCCCCCUCAAGAACACUUACAAAAAGCUCUGCGGGUGUUCUUCUUCACGUUCUCUCAGCCGCUUUUGCCGACAGCUGGAAUACGAGUGUUGCUAUUGAUGGUGUUUUAAUCGAGUUUAUUUUUCCCUGUGUGUUCCGUAACGGCAUAUCGUCCCCUCGUGGGCUGCUUCUGCGCCGCCUCCUGUCUGCUUCAGAUUGCCUCCGUGUCCUACUCCUCAGUGCCCUUCUUUCGUGUCUACUUUCAUGUCCCCCACUCUGUUCUUCAUCAUGUCCGCAUUCUUAAGCGUUUCGGCGUCUUAACUUCGACUGCUCUCAUUUGGUUCUAGUGGGUUCGUUGCUUCCAAGAGUGUUUUUAUGAUCCCAGUGACGGAUGAGCAAAGGUUCAGCACCAGUGGGGAACAGAACACCUGUGGGAGUCAGUCUGAUCACCUCAGUGGCCGUUGAAAACAGUCCUCGUGAGCCGGAAGGUUUCAGAAUGCGGGGCUUGGUCUCCACGCCCUCCCUCACUCCGAGAAUUCCAGCGCGGGACGCCGAAUUCUGUAGCUUUACCUCUUUGUUUCCCUCUUCGCCGCCUUCUUCAGUAGACAGGACCCGGCAGCUUAGCGACGCCCCUGCAGAUGGCCACGCGGUCCUGUGUUUCCCCUUCCCCGCGCCCUGGCACCCGGUUCUCCACUGCCACGCUGAACACAGACCUUGGGGAAACGGACGAUCAAAAUUUCUGUUCUACUCACUGCUUCUCUCUGGUCCCGUAGCCCCUUCGAUAGCGAGCGCUUUGUGUUCUCCGACAGCGUAGUGUAGAUGUAGCUGCUAGGAUGGUUUUCUCCCUUCCUCACGCCAUGCUACCUGUCUCUGUCUGUCUCUAUCUCGCAUAUAACAGGGUCUUCAUCAGUUUAGUCUUACCUUCCCUUCUUUUUCAAGUGUCCUUUCUCUUCUCUGCUUUUUAUUCAUAGUUUCUCCUACGUUCCUCUUCCUCAAAGUUUCCUUAUGCUGUCUUCCUUCCUCCAGCUCUUUCUUUCAAUCUUUCCUCGUGUUUUCAUUGGUAAAUAUUUUUUUUUUUUAAAUAGCCAUCGAGUCAGUCACGUGUGCAAUAAACCAACUAAGAGAAAAAACAUAAAACAAGAAGAAAACGAGAGAAAGAACUUGAAAUUCCAACGCGAAACAAAAAACCGGCGACUCAGACUAAAGAAAACGAGGGUCGUGUUGCGGGUAAGACUCAACCAUUUUUUCUAUUACUGUGGGAGACGAUCCCCUUCAGCCUGCAAGCACGUGGGGGCCGCUCCAGCUCGCCAUUCAUUGUGUCGUUGGUGCAUUGUCAUUGUAUAAACCAUUAUUCAUGUGAUGCAUUGUAGCUUUGUGCUGUGUGACCUUCGUCGGGGCUGCUGGAGGAGGAACUGCCCCGCCCGGUGGUUCCUCCUAAUGGUUUCCUGGUGGUUCGUUUCCCUGGUGACUUCUUUAACCAUGCCCUCAUUCCUCGCCAAUUCUCCCAUUACUGUUAUAUUUCCUUGCUUCUUUUCUGUUUUUUUUUCUUUCUUUCCUAUGUAAUUUCCUAUAGAUAUGUUUAUUUUUCUUCUUUCCUCCCUCAUUUCUCGUCAGUUCUCUCAUUCCAGUUACAUUUUUUUUUCCUGUUUCAAGUUCUUCAUCUUUCCUUCUUCCUUCCUUCUUUUCCGUCUUUUUUUCAUGUAGCUUUCCUCUAUGUCUGUAUUUUUUCCUUUUUCCUUUCCUUCUUUUCUUCUUUUUAUGACUUUCUUGAGAAUAUUUUCCUUCCUUCCUUGUUUCCUUCCUUCUUUUAUCCUCACUCGUAUUUUCCUCGCUUAUUUUCCCCACUUAUUUCCAGGUGAAGAUUUUUUUUCCCUAUUUCUGUCUUUCCGUCUUUAUUCUUUUUACUGUGAUUUGUUCCUUCUUUCCUUCCUUCCUUCUUUCCUUCCUUUCUUUCCUUUAUUCCGGCUGGUGGCAUCCCUCGACAGUUUUCCUUACUUAUUUCCUUUCUUUGUUCCUUGACUUACUCCUAACUCAUUUAUUCUUUUCCCUUCGCCAUAUAUUUUUUCCUGUCCCAAUUUUCCCACCAUCAUUAAUCUUAGUUUCUUCCCAAAUCUAAUUAUGUUCUUCCCUAAUGUUUUUUUUCUCUCUCUCUCUCUCUUCUUUCCCUUAUUCCUCUCUUCUUUCCUUUUUUUAAUUAUCCUCUCUUAUUUCUUUUUUCCUUCCUUCUUCACCUCUUGCUCUUUUUAAUAACUUCUAUUUUCAUUAUUUUUCUCUACUCACACUUUCCUUCAUUCCUUCUAGUCAUUUUUUUCCUCAUAAUCUCUCUUUCCUUGUCUUUAUCCUUCCUUCUUCGUAUUAUUCCUUCUUUGCUUCUCCUUUCCUUUCUUCAUCCUUGUUCUCUUAAUGAAUCUUUUAAUUCCUUCUUUCAGUGACACUCUUCCCUCCUUCCUUCCUUAUUUACUGUUGUAAUGGUGUUUCUAUCAUCAUUUCCUUCCUUCGUCUCCCAAUACCCUUCAUCUCUUCCUUCCCCCGGGUAAUCCUUCCUUCCCAGACGUGGCUCUAAUCCUUCAAAGGUCCCAAAAGUGGCUCACACACACACACACACACACACACACACACACACAGAGAGAGAGAGAGAGAGAGAGAGAGAGAGAGAGAGAGAGAGAGAGAGAGAGAGAGAGAGAGAGAGAGAGAGAGAGAGAGAGAGAGAGAGAGAGAGUGGGGGGGAGAGAGAGAAAACUGCUGUCAAACACUGGUGGCAGCAGUAGGAUCUAAACAAACAAGCACACACACACACACACACACACACACACACACACACACACACAAGCCCACAGCGAAAAACAGGGGCCACGGUGCAUAGGUAGGAGUCACUAACUGGGCGAGGGAACCCUAGGAAGGACCUCUAAUGACCCCCAAGGCACAAUACUCAGGGGACUUCUCUCUCCUUUCCCUCCCCCCUUCCCUCCCUCCGUCAGAUAAGGUUGCACAACUGUUCUAAGCUUGCGAAGGUCACUGGCAUUGUAUCAUAAAGUGGCAUAAUUCAAAAUAUUUCCAUAAUCAUGUAUCUUUAUGCAAUAACAAAUAAAUUACGGAUCUGACUUCAAUACAACGCUUUCCAUACGGUUUGUUUUUUGAGUGCGUGGGACGGGCGCUCUUUCACUCCCGUCCCGUCCCCGCAUACAACCUAGAUCUCCUUCAUUAUACAAAAUAUAAUGUAUAUACAGCACUGUACAAAUAUUACAUCUUUCAGGUAAUAAAGUUUUAAUUUCAUUCUUA